AUGGAGGAGCUUCUGGAGCGGGAGAUCGAGGAUCUCAAGCAACAGCAGCAGAAGCUCGAGCAAGAACUUAUGGCCAUAGAUGAGCUAAGCUGCUGCAUGCAGCAGAGUGGCCAGGGGGAUGUCAACAAUUCUCUCUCGAUCCCUGCCGUUUUGGAGACUGGAGGUGGUAAAGAUGCAAUUGGUGAUGGUGUGUCUUUGCGUGAGCGGAUGGCGCAGCUGGAUGAACUGCGACUGCGUUACCAGCGGGAGUCCAGUAGGGCGCUCCGGCGGUAUUUUGAUGUGGUGAGCGGUUUUCCGCAGUACCAGGCGAAGCGCGAGAGACUUCUUUGUAAUCCUCGCCCCUUUUCUUUUGAGUCCCGGGAGCUGCAGAAGGAGCAGCGAAUACGAACACGCCGGAUGGAAUCCGAGCAACGCCAGAAGGAGCAGGCGCUACAGCAGAUAUUAAACUAUCGCUUCAAGGCGAACCCCGUGCCGCCCUCCACAUACAUGAACAAGUAUGAUCUUAUGGUGGAAGAGUGGCGACAGCGGCGUGCUGCGGUGGAAGCAUUGGCCAUUGAAAAGGCCGAGCGGAUGAAGGCAGAGACGGAAUUAGUGCGUAUUUCCGCGGAGAGCAUGCGUCAGGUUCGUGAGAUUAUGGGGGUGCGGCACGAUGCGAAGGCCAAGCGUGCACAGAGCGCAGAUUUUGAGGGAAGGGACCGUCGACGUGUUGAGGAGUUACGGGAGAUCCCGCUAGAGGUUAAGAUGAAGCUGUGGCCCGCGCUGGAGGAGCACGAGCAGGUGCGGGUUGAACGCAUCAAGCAGCGUGCAGCGGAGCGAUUCAAUAUGUUGAAGGAAGAGGAGGCACGACGUUUAGCUCCGGUCGGAGCCACCUCACACGUAAAAGAGCAGCAGCAGCAUUUCCCGGCGGGGCCGAUGCCAUUGCCAGCGGUGCCGGUGGGUGGACCCAUCGAGGCAGUCGCCGCGUCGCCAACAGCGCCACAGAUGAUUCUGGUGGGUAAUGCUCCAGCAGCAACACCAGGGCCGACGACCACGCAGCCGUUGGCGCAAGCGUCACUUCCUGCGACGGGGGAGGUGGCUGGUGAGAAAAGAGCGACAUCUGCCACACAACCGCCACUGAAGAGACGUAGCCAAAGUGGUGAUAAAAGGGCGUACAAUCGCAACAUGACAUUCAAACCCCGGAUACAUGGCGGUGUACCCGAUUUUAAAAGCAUGUGGGCUGAUGAACGCUUGACGCUGGCGGAGCGGAAAAGAAAAACGCAGCCCACAGAAGUAAAAUCUUUUAAUCUGACAGUCUCCCCGAAAGAAACCGUUAUCCGGGGGCGUCCUGCGCUUCCAACGAAACGAUUUGUGUCAGCUACACACUCACGGCAGCGGAGCAGGUCUGCAGCGAGUGGGGUGAAACCCACGCAGCCGACAUCACAGCCCGUAGAAAAGGAUAAGAAACUCGUUCCAAAGGGGACUCGGGCCCACGCAAUACGCACGCGUGCGGUGUUUAUCAAGUAUCUUCGCGCAGCCGAGACCGAUGCGUCUCGGGAAAGUAACCGGGAUGACCUGAAGGCCAUACGUGAAGGCCACGAACGACAAAAGGUUGUGAAUGCACGGCUGAAGGAGUACUUGAGAGGUACUUCCACGAACACGGACGCCAUCAUCAAGAAGAAAGUGCGAGCACUACGACAACGAAGCCGUGAAAUGGAGAAGGAAGCCUUUGAAAGACUUGUGGAAAUGCGGAUGCGUGUGGCUCAGAUACCACCCAUUUUUGUCGAACCCACUCAUUUACACGAUAUUGCAAAGACCCGUGCGGAGACAGAAAAGGAAAUUAUACACAUGUUGGAGGAGACGGGCAUGAACGUUGGCACCCUGGCCACCAUUCUGACUGCUGGGGGAAAUGAGGCCUCGAGCACCAGCAACGUGAAUGCUGUAGAGGCCGCCACGAGUACUCCCGAUACAGGGGCCGUCACGGCGGUAGAAACAAAGACUGAGGAGAAAUCAAAGUUAGAUGUGACUUCCACAAGGGAGGAGCGAGUGAGAAGUGUUGGUGACAGUUCGGUUAGCGAUUCUCCUAGUGACGGUAGCACUGAUUUUAGCAGGAGCGGCAGUAGUAGUAGUAGUAGGACUGGGGCUCCUAAAGAGAAGAGUGACUACGAUGAUGAUUUUGAAGCCAGCACCAACUCUUCAACAAUAUCGUUAUGA